CCCCGGCUCGUGACGGCAGGCCUCGGCCGCACAACCGCCUCAAUGCGGGUCAAGGUGAAGCGCUGGAACGCCAUCGCUACCUGGUUCUGGGUGGCUAACGACGAGAAUUGUGGCAUUUGCCGCACGGCGUUUAACGGCUGCUGCCCGGACUGUAAAGUUCCAGGAGAUGACUGCCCAUUGGUGUGGGGUCAGUGCUCUCAUUGUUUCCAUAUGCACUGUAUCUUGAAAUGGCUGAACUCCCAGCAGGUGCAGCAGCAUUGUCCUAUGUGUCGACAAGAAUGGAAAUUCAAGGAGUGAAAAGCAACUGGACAAUUUGAGCCUGUGGAUUCUGCACUCAAUCAGAUUUUGUACAUUUUCAUUAUGUUGCAACAAUAAUGCAGCAACAAAAAAAAAAGUUAAACAGGCCAUUAAAGAAAUUCCUGUCAAUGGAA